AUGCGGGAGUACAAAGUGGUGGUGCUGGGCUCGGGCGGGGUAGGCAAGUCCGCCCUGACCGUGCAGUUCGUGACCGGCACCUUCAUCGAGAAAUACGACCCCACCAUCGAGGACUUCUACCGCAAGGAGAUCGAGGUGGAUUCGUCGCCGUCGGUGCUGGAGAUCCUGGACACGGCGGGCACCGAACAGUUCGCGUCCAUGCGGGAUCUGUACAUCAAGAACGGCCAGGGCUUCAUCCUCGUCUACAGCCUGGUCAACCAGCAGAGCUUCCAGGACAUCAAGCCCAUGCGGGACCAGAUCAUCCGAGUGAAGCGGUAUGAGAAAGUGCCGGUCAUCCUGGUUGGCAACAAAGUGGACCUAGAGAGUGAGAGAGAAGUCUCCUCCAAUGAAGGUCGGGCCCUGGCUGAGGAGUGGGGCUGCCCCUUCAUGGAAACGUCUGCUAAGAGUAAAACCAUGGUGGAUGAACUUUUUGCAGAAAUUGUGAGGCAAAUGAACUACGCUGCACAGCCUGACAAAGAUGACCCAUGCUGUUCUGCAUGUAACAUACAGUAGCAUUCAAAUGUGGCUAUCCUGACUGGGAUUUGCUCAGUAGUAUAGGUCAUGAGAACCACGGAGUUCACAGGGGACAUACAUGGUGAAUCUACAGUGACAUAGCCUACCCCCUUCUUCGGAAUUGAACGUCUCUGAGUAACAUUUGGGUUCAGUCGCUACCGUGUUCAUCAUUAUCCUCAGUCUCCGUCAGGCACCUGCAACUUGAAGGCAGAGCCGAUUGAUCUACAGGGUGAUCGCAUUCAAAAGCAUAGAUUGUGUUGCCUCGGGGUUGACAGAAGCAACUAUUGCAUACAUUGAACAUAAUCUUGAGCGAGAAACCAGGAGAAAUCCCAUGACAGUUGACAGUUAAAAUAUUUUGUCUUCUUUAAAUAAUAAUAAUAAUGAGAAAUAUUUUCCUACGUGGGUACUGAAUUUCAGGAAUUAGGAUCGUGCUUCUAAACCAUGCAUUCCUUCAAGUAAGACGAUAAGAGCUAACCUAGCAACAACAUUACAGGGAAGGAGUCUUUGCUCAGUUGCCAUUUCUGCUUUUCAAAAGUUGUGCUUAAUUGUAAGCGUGAUCUUCCUAACGCACUCCAGCAUCAGUGUGUGAUAGAGAGGGAGAACCAGUCCAGGUUGUGUACAAGUACAACAUGGAGUCUCCACAAGGGUUUGACCCGAUUAAAAGCCCACACCUAUCCUCACCAAGCAGGGAAGGUCUUUAUUACCUUGCUGAGCAAGAAGGAAGCAACUGUGAAGAAAAGAAAUUGCCUCGCCUUACUAACAAGCAUCUAGUGGAGUGACUAGUACCAUCAUGUAAGGAAAAUGAAGCCAUGUUGCAUCCAGAUAUUCCUGUUUGCAGAAACCUCACAGGACAAUGCAAAUACCUUGCAUUAUUAUGUUUGUUCAAGCAGCCAGCUCCCCCUUGCCUGGUUAUGGAAUGAUCCUUAGCUAAUGUGCUUUCAAAACCGAGUUUGCUAUAGCAGGGCUUGAAUACAAGGCCUUUUAAGAAUUGAGUAACCACGUGAAAUAAUUUGGCCUUAAAAGUAGAAACAUAAAUUACAGAGCGAAAGGUGAAGGGCCAAAAAAAUAAAUACAUAAAAGCCUUUUAUCAUUAAUUUUCCUGGAGAGUUACUUAAAGGUUUUCUUAAAGCAAUUUUGCCCUGAUUACUGAAGUAGCAAAUAAAGGUAGAGUGAAUAUUUUGUUUUGAAAAGGUGCACCAGCUCUGACAGUUUUUCUUAGCUGACUAAUUAGCCAUUUGCAUGACUAAUGGCACAGCAAAUACCUAUUCAUACGUUUUUACAAUCCAGUGUAGAAGGGUUUUCAACUGCUGGAGCUUGAGAGAUGAUCCUGAGCCGGCCCUCUGGGGAUACAUUUGGCCUUCAGAACUGCAAUCACACUGAGCCUGCAAUCCUCACACUCCCCCACAUUCCGUGUCGGUGUUACAGUCUUGUGCAAGUCACUCUGGUCUUCUGUGUGUCACUGGGAGAAGUGUGUUUGUGAGCACAUGUGUGUCUAUUGUUGCUAGGAAUUUGGCACAAGUCAAAGAUGACUGCUUCUUCUGAAUGUCUGUACUGCGGACUACAGUGUAGCUAAAAACAUUUUCUUUUCAACUAGUUAAGGAUUUUUAAAAAAUCAUAUUAUUGGGGGCUCUGACGGCUCUUAU